CCAAAAAGCACACCCACCGUACGAAUUAACACAUGGCUCGACGUCUGCAGUCGAUAUGCAAAAUAAAUAGCAAUAAUUUUUAUUCCUUGAAUUCAGUGAUUUCAGUGAAAUAGUAAUUUUUACAUUUGAAUGGAAUAAGGUUUAUUAAAACUGAAUAGAUCAAACGUAACAUUUCUUCAAAUAAAAUCUCCGUUUCACCAGCCAUGUCUUCACCACUGGAAAACUUAGAGACGCAACUUGAAAUGUUUAUAGAAAAUGUUAGACAAAUUCGUAUUAUCGUUAGUGAUUUUCAGCCACAAGGACAAAGUGUCCUAAACCAAAAAAUACAAUCAUUAGUAACAGGACUGCAAGAAGUAGAUAAGUUAAAGUCUCAAGUUCACGAUAUUCAUGUACCAACUGAGGUUUUUGACUAUAUUGACCAAGGGCGGAAUCCACAGCUUUACACAAAGGAUUGUAUAGAUAAAGCACUUGCUAAAAAUGAAGAAGUAAAAGGAAAAAUUGACUCUUAUAAACGAUUCAAGAGCCACCUCCUUCAAGAGCUCUCAAAAACAUUUCCUAAUGAGAUUGCCAAAUAUAAAGCUAUUAGAGAGUAAUUUUUGUAUUGAUAAUUUAGUUAUUAGGAUUAAGUUACCGUGAACUCAAGAUAAUUUAUAAAUAACAUGUAACUAUUAAUAUUGUUUUG